CUACGAUGGUCACAGCCCCCGCCCGAGCCCUGUGCGCAGGCUUCAUGUUGCAGGUGGUAGGACUCCCGCUGGCGCGAGCGUUUUGCAGCUCGGCCCCUCGGCCAGGAGGGGCUUACAGAGGAGGACUUGCCGCCUUGGCUCUUCAACAGCAAGGCACCAGCAGCAGCACCAGCAGCAACAGCCGGAGCAGCGGCAGCAGCGACAGGGUUGCUGCGAGGAGGCCGGCAGGGCGGCUCUGCAUGAGCACCGACGCGUCCCCGGCGGCCGAGAAAGCACCCGCCGGGAUGGAGGAAGAGGUCGACCCAGGAGAGGUAGCAGGGCUGCGGAUCCUCAAGUACCCGCAUCCGGCGUUGCGAGCGGAGAACGACGAGAUCGAGGUGUUCGAUGACGACGUGAAGAAGCUCGCCAGGGACAUGUUCAAGAUCAUGUACGCGGCGAAGGGUGUCGGGCUGGCUGCGCCCCAGGUCGGAGUGAACAAGCGACUCAUGGUGUUCAACCCGGAGGGCGAUGCAAAGAACUGGCUGGACGAAGCUAUCCUCGUGAACCCGAAGAUCGUCGCCUCCGGAAAGGGGAGAAUCACGGCAGAAGAGGGCUGCCUCUCGUUCCCGGGGAUGGAGGGAAAGAAAGACUGGUCCACCCCUACUAUGCGUUAUUCCAACAUCCAAA